CCGAAAUUGACCUUCACAUCCUCACCUCCGUCUUCUUUCACCUCCAUCUAACACAUUUCAUAUAUCAUCAUGGGUUGGUUCUCUGACGAUUCCGAGCAGGCUCAGGCCUACGACACCGUCACCAACGCGCCUCACAAGGCUGAGCUCUCCCACGAGCUUCUCGCUGCUGCUGCCUCCUACGAGGCUGCCAAGGCCUACGAGAAGCACGUCGCUGAGAACGGUGCCCCCGACUCGCACGCUAAGGCCAAGGAGCUUAUCGCUGCCUUCGGUGGUGCCUUCAUUGACCGCAUGGUCGAGACCAAGGGUCUCGAUGCUAUCGACAAUUACCGUGCCAAGCAGCAGGCACAGGAGCACGUCGAUACCGUCAUCACCGAGGAGAACUACACCUCCUACAACUAAGCGGAAAUGCGGUAGAUCUCAAUGUAUUAGCUAGUGUAUGAAUCUCAACUGGAGAAUCGCAACGCAAAUUACAAACGCGUGAUGUAGCCAAGGUAUGGCGAA